AUCAAGCGUCUCCACAUCUGUCUCCAGGGGGUUUUCUAAAAAAAAUCUCUGCAGCCGGUGCUUGGUGGAGAGACGUCUUUGGCUCCCGUCCCUAGCAAGAACCGACGCCGCCUCUUCCGAUUGUACGAGUUCCGGCCGUCUCUUGCAGAUCCUGUGCGGCCGCGCCACCAAUUUUUGUUUUUGGCGCGAAAUCCAGGUGCUAAAUCACUUCCUCUCCUUAUUCCCUCUAUUUUCUCUCCCAAAUCUUACCUCUGCACCUUCUCUGAACCGGCGGCAACCAUGCAGAGAUCCACCGGCCAUCAGACCUCUGCCGCCGCUCAGCGCUUGGCCUCCAGUCGCCGGCCCUUUGUGGCACCUUCCAACACCGCUGCGACCCGGUUCCCGUCCCCUACUGGUGUUCAUGGCUCGUCCAACGGCAGCGUCGGGCUCCAUUCGGUCGGCAUCGACGGAUCUCCAACAAGUGCUGGAUUCCACUCUUCCCCGAGCAGCGGUGCUGGAUUCCACUCUUCCCUGAGCAGCGGCCCUGGAUUUCAGUUGGGUUCCGGCAUCCACAGCUCUUCCCCCCGCGGUGGCCCUUCCCCUGGCAGUCGCCCCUCAUUCGGCCCAUUCUCAUCUGCUAGCUCUGCUUCAUCUAUGGCAUCAGGACCUUCUUCAACUUAUUCGGAUUUGCUUCAUAGCUCUGAUGGGUUCAUAAAUUAUAUGAUGGGUCAGAAUUCUCAUUUUGUUAGAGGAACAUCACAUGUCACACAAUUGGAUGAAUCACAUGACAACCCUGUAGACAAUGAUAGAAACGAUGGAGAUGAAGAAGUUAGGACUGAGGCCAAGCUAAUAUGGAAAUCAGAGGAAGAUGGGAGAGUGAUGAGUGCUUGGCUCAAACACUCCAUCGACCCAAUUGGUGGAAACAACAAGAAGUCUGACAAAUAUUGGACGGAUGUGAUGCAGGAGUACAAUCAAGCUACUGUCAAGAAUAGAUGGAGGACUGCUAAGCAGGUUAAAGAUAGAUGGCACAAAAUCAAUAAAUUGACAAAUUCGUUCAAUGAUUGUUGGGUGAAAGCUAGGAGGGUUUACACCAGUGGAUACUCGGAUGAAAUGUGGUUAGAUAAAGCACAUAAAUUUUUUGAGGAUGAGAACAAAGGAUUACGUUUUCAGCUUAUGAAUGUUUGGUACAUGGUUCGUAACGAGGCUAAGUGGAUAAGUUAUAACAAUAAUAUCCAUGGCAAGAGGAAGGAGAUGGAGAAUGGCAGCACACAAGGAGGAGGACUAGAAGAUGUGGACCUUCCUCGACCAAUGGGACAGAAGGCAGCUAAAAGAGCUGCACUUGAAGCAAAAGGAAAAUAUAAAGCGAGUGCGAUAAAUGUGGAGGAGCUUGAUAGAUUUGAAAAAAUUCAAAACAAUGUUGCAGACAAUCGUAUGAAGGCUCUUGAAAUGCAGGGAAAGAUUCAUAAUGAUAAAAUUAGUUUCUAUAUGAUAUAUUUAUUGUAAAUUUUACGUUUU